AAAAUGUUUCUAACUGAGAAGAAAGAAGUGAAAAAAGUGUUUAUACCAGGAUACACCGGCCACGUCCCUCAUAAAAAGAACCUCCCACCUUCCGUCUUCAUCGUUGAAAGCGAUAUUGCCAAGAAGGGCCUUGUCAAUAAGGAAGCAAAGAUCACUGCCGGAAGACAUCCAGGCGCCUGAAGCUAUUUAGGUCAGAAGAAUAGAAAUAUGAGCGCUGGGCCUAACCUUAAGGCAAACCAUAUGAAAUACGGUAACUGGAGUAAGAAAGCUCCUAAUUGGAUCUGUGGACCGAAUUAUCAAAUAAGAUACCAGCAUGUUCCUGGUUAUACCUGUCAUGUCCCUGGAGUGAAAGCUGAGAAUAUAUUCGGGAAAUCAUAUGCUAGGACUACUGCUACUGCCAACAGCAAUAAGAGAUUCAAUAGGAAUGUUGGACAAAUCCCGAAAUCAAUUGAAAGGCAUCAGGCUCAUAGUGAGAACGAGUUCCGCCGCUUUCUCGAUGCUCCAGAACUAAAACAGAAUAAGGAUUACCAAGACUAUUCUGCUUCGCUUAACAGAGAGAAGUAUAAUGAGAAGAACAAGAUUCUAUAUCAAGCUCCUGCUAGAACGGUGGGGACAAUCUGCUCUAAGACGGGAACAGAUUUCUUUAAUAACCAAGGAAUGAGAACCAAGCGCUUGAUGUCACCAAAAGUGAGCCAGGAUAUGUCAUCCAUCAAGGCUAGCACCAUCAAGCCAAAGUUGUUGGAGAGCAACAUAGUGAACGAGAAGAGGUUCUUCAAUAUGUCAGAUGGAUUCCAGAGAAUCUUCACCAAUGAUGCCAAGGAUGCCCAGAUGACAGUUCCUAUUAGUGGGUAUAAAGGCCAUAAGAGAGGUGAUAAAUCCCAAAAUUUCUUCGGAAAAUCCUUCAGAGAAUGUGCCAUACAGAGCAGAAAGUUGGAAAGAAGCCUACAAAGAAGAUAAUUGAUGGACAAUUUCAA